AUGGCUGGGUGCUGCGAGGCGGCGAUCCUGCCGUCCGCUCGUCUGGUGAAGCAGACGCCGCGGGAUGAUGGCCACGAGAGGGGCCAUCUGGGCCUGGCCGGGGCCGUCCUGGCCGACUUGGCCACCGUCAAGCUGAUCGGGAGGGGCGCCUUCGGGGUCGUCCGGCUGUGCCAGUCGGAGCGGUCGGGGGAGCUCUUUGCGCUGAAGGAGGUGCGCCUGGCCGCGCCCGAGGGCGCGGAGGCCCCGCCGGGCGGGCGCCACCCGGGGCCCGGGGCCACGCGGCCCGUGCCCCCGGAGCGGGCGCGCGCGGAGGCCGAGGCGCUGUCGAGCGCGGCGCGCCACCGGGAGGGCCGCUGGGUCGUCGGUCUCCACAUGGCAUUCCAGGACGACGCCGGCUCCUUCUACUUCGUGAUGGACUUCGUGCCGGGCGGCGACCUCGUGACACACCUCCAGGUGCUGGACACCUUCAACGAAGAGGAGGCCCGCUUCUACACGGCGGAGCUUGUGGAGGCCGUGGACUACAUCCACACGAAGCUCGGAUACAUACACCGCGACAUCAAGCCCGACAACAUCGUUCUGGACGCGCACGGCCACGUCCGCGUUGUGGACUUCGGCGGCUGCCGGAGCCUCGGGCACGGCGGCGGCCAGUGCGAGCCGAGCCUCUGCGCCUGGGGCGCCCCGCCCUACGUUGCCCCGGAGGUGCAUCGGAGAGAGUGCUACGGAGUCGGAUUUCUGGUCAAUCGGCGUGAUCCUCUACGAGAUGGUCUUUGGCGCUCCCCCCUUCGUGGACCACGAGCGCUCCCCAGUGGAGACGGCCAGACGCGUCUCCCAGUGGAAGGAGCACCUCUUCAUCCCGUGCUGUCCGGAGGUCGGAGAGGAUGA